AUGAUUUCAGACGGCGAUGGAGUUGCUUCGAAUGGAACGUCCAGGACGUAUUCAAACGGUGCCAGGACGGAGGCGCCGGUGACCGCCUCGGCCAGCAACGGUGCUCGCAAAGCCGCCGCCGUGAACGGCUCAUCCCGUGCCGAAAAGGAAGCGCCGCCAUCCGUCCCUUCGACCUAUUUUGGACAUGAUCGAGAGGAGAUUACGCGGAUACUCAUACAAGCGCUGUCCGAUAUGGGAUAUCAUGGAGCUGCCGAGAGCGUCAGCAAGGACAGUGGCUAUGAGCUGGAGAGUCCAACUGUCGCCGCCUUCCGUAACGCUGUGAUCGGCGGCGAGUGGAGCGAAGCCGAGGAGCUUCUGUUCGGAGCCGUAAUGUCCGACGAUCGAGGCCAGCAAGGGAACGGCCUGGUGCUGGCACCCGGGUCCGAUCGAAACGUGAUGCGAUUUUGGUUGCGCCAGCAAAAGUUCCUCGAGCUGUUGGAGCAGCGUGAUACCAGCCGGGCUCUGAUGGUGCUGCGAACAGAGCUGACGCCGCUUUAUCAAGAUACCCAAAAGCUCCAUUUCCUCUCUAGUCUUCUCAUGUGCCAGUCUACGGAAGAUUUGAAGGCCAAGGCCGAGUGGGAUGGAGCUCACGAAGUCGCUCUGGAGCUCACAGACCUGACUGGCGAGGUAUGGCAGGUGGUAUUUUCGCAUGACGGACAGCGUCUCGCUGCGUGCGGAGAUGGCGAGGCCGUUGUCAUCUGGGAUCUCCCCUCAUUCACCGUCUCUCACGUCCUACGGCCGCAUGCUCAGGGUGUUGGUGGCUUGUCGUGGAGCCCCGACGACUCGAUGAUAGUGACAUGCUCGCAGGACAAGUACGCGCGGCUUUGGGACACAGCGACCGGAGAGAUGAUCUUGAAGCUUGAGCGGUUCGAUGAGCCGGCCAGCGGCUGCGUCUGGGCGGCGGAUAGCAAGACAUUCAUCACCGGAUCCCUGGACAAGGACCACGGCUUGCGCACCUGGAGUACUUCGGGGGAGAUGCUAUGCGAAUGGGGCAAAAAGCACAGGGUCCAAGACAUUUGUGGUUCGCCGGAUGGCCACUGGCUCGUUGCAGUUGACGAUGCGCAGAAGAUCCAUGUUUACAAUGCCUUCACACGCGAAUUGGAGUACGAGAUGGAGGUCAAGUCUCGGCCGACGUGUGUGAGCAUUAGCGAAGACUCGCGCCAUUUGCUCCUCAACAAGAAAGAUGGAGAGCUUCAACUAAUCGAUUUGGUAAACCGGACGUCGGUGAAAAAAUUCCUCGGCCACACUGGAGGCGAGUACAUCAUUCGCAGCGCCUUCGGAGGCGCCAACGAAAGCUUCGUUGUGAGCGGCAGUGAAGAUGGAAACAUUCUUAUCUGGCACAAGAACGGUGGCGCUGCGGUAGAGAGGCUCGAAGGACAUCAACCUCGGACCAACGCUGUGGCAUGGAACCCAACAGACCCAUGUAUAUUGGCGUCGUGCGGUGACGAUGGCAAGGUCAAAAUUUGGUCGAACAAGAGCAGAAGCGCAACUCUCAGAUCAUUACAUAACGGAGCCUCUCGGGGAUCGAAUGGCUGGAGCGCAGAGGAGCGCACUGUAGACGAAUAG